UGUUCUGCUGUUGCAUCGACGAGCUCUCUGCUGUCUGCAGAGGACGAGGGUAGGAGCUGGGACCAUGGAAAUCACCCACUCAAAGGGAACCUUGUACCCUGCUCUUCAGCUUUCAUCGUUUCGGGUGAGGCGAGACAGCUUGCCUCCAGCUUUCGAGCUUCCGCAGGAAGUGGCCCGCGCCGUCAACGAGCCUCUGCCAGCCCUACGAUCGACGUCGGUGGCGAGGGAAGCUCUGAGAGAAAGCGAGACGCUCUUGAGGGAGAACGAGAGGGAGCAAAGGGCCGCCGAGGAGAAGAUCGCUAGGGAGCAAGCGUUGAUGGAGGAGGAGCUCACCCGCAUCGUUGAGGAGACAGAGCAAAGGAAAUCGAAGGAAAACGCGGCGAAGGCUAAGAAGGUCAGAGACAUGAUGUCUCUGAUGGGGGUGUCUGACCGAUAUGCUGCAGAGGUACGGCUGGAGCGGUGCGGGUGGGACUACGAGAAAGCCGCUACGGCCUUCCUCGAAACCGUCAAUUAAAAGUCUCUUCGUCGAACGCCUUGCCGUACAUACCCAACAGGACUCUCGGGCGGUUGGGUACAUGUGUAGCUGUCGAGACGACGUGCUGAAAAACCGUCAGUUUUGUUGGUGUUUUCUAAGUCUGUGUUGUUGUCUGAAAUAGUGGUGUGUCACUUCCCGUACUAAUAACGUUGGUGUGAGGUCUGAUGUUGUUAUUGGGUGCUUGUGACGGCACCAGAAUUUGUGUUGUUGGUUGUUUGGGCGUGUUGGCUUCGACUCGAGUGACGGGGCGUAUACAAGAGAACAUGGGCAAGUUUGCCAGGGCUGUACAUGAGUUGGAUUCGUCGCCUCUUGUUUGGUCGCUUGUACAUUCGGCGACGCCCUAGGUCACCUCCAGCAUACAGUAGCACCAGACCGACUUCAACCGGCGGCGCAACCUGCUGCUUCCAACGCAGGGUUGGGAGGUGUAGAGGGGCAGGGAAGGAAUAGCAAGUGAUUUUGUUUUUUUUGCGGUGGAUAAUACAUGGUUAUCUUUUCGUUGGAAGUCCUAGCGGGCUCCUCACAGAAGCGGAACCAUUUUUUUUGCGAUUCGGCGUGUUCCUGUACUAAAUGGUAUAUGUUUUGGUACAAAUAGUUCAAGCGAUUCAGGCGCCACGAUGAGGGAAGCAAAGGAUAAAGGGUACAAUUACAUAGAACCGCAUUCAUGCGGGGGUGCGAAAUAACCUCUCCGAGAGUUCCUUGAGCGCAGGCUUGCUUCAUACCAACGCUUACGGUUCUCUAUAAUUCCGGUCUCGUUGUACAGCAGUACUGCUGCAUGUCAUAAAAGUGGAAGCUUUCAAGAAAUAUGGUCCGUUACUUGAUGGCGACAACGUGCUAUGUAGCAUGAGAAAUACUCGCAAUCGAAGGAGUGUCCACAAGGCAAAUCGGGGCGUGGGCCG